AUGAAACAACAAAGCACCUUAGAAACUGAUAAAAAUAUGAAAACUGGAAUGGAAAUUGUUCAAUCUGUCCUAGUUAUUUCAUUGAAUUCAGUCAGUGAAAUCAAAGGUCGUCACAGGGAUGGAAAGUCUAACAAACACUCAUUUUUUAUUAGUUUCAAUCCAGCAAGACGUUUACACUCAAGCAGUGGGAAUGGUUCAUCUAUCCUUGGACUAGCUACUCUUGAGCCAUUGUGGAAUCAAGAAGUUAAUUCAUUAUACGGCAUUAGUAAACCUGAUCUUAACAACUUUGAACAAGUUCCACAGAUACCAGCAGCAAAUAUACGUUUUCUACGUUAUAUUGGGUGUGGAGCAUUUGGUAAAGUGUGGGAAGGUUGGUUACAUGUUCGUGAUGCGAAUGGGGAACGAUUUGAAAAGGUUGCACUAAAAGUAAGAAAUUGUAAAUCACUAACUGAAGCUGAAUUUAAACGUGAAGCGACACUUAUGCACAAAUAUCAACAUACAAAUAUUGUACGAUUCUUCGGUGUGUCAUUUGACUCGCCUGGACAACAAUGUCUUGUCCUAGAAAUGAUGGAUCAAGGCAAUUUAAGAGAUUAUCUCCACCGUUCACGGCCUAGAAUUGCACCUGACAUAGCUGCGAAUGUUUUUGCUGCUGCAGCUAUCUGUGCGGCUGCUGGAAGAACAGGAGGUUCUGAUGGCUCGUCAGUAAACACGAGCACAACUAGUACAGCUCCGGGUGGUGGAACGCCAAGUGCUUCAAACGUUAUUACAUUGACAGCACAAUUAGAUCUACCUGCACUAGUCACUAUAAUGAGAGAUAUAUGUCAUGGAUGCCGUUAUCUUGAGGAGCAACACUUUGUCCAUCGAGACAUUGCAGCACGAAAUUGUUUAGUGAGUCAUAAUCAUUCAAGUGGACGUAUAGUCAAAUUGUGUGAUUUCGGACUAGCACGAGAUAUUUAUAAAAAUGAUUACUAUCGUAAGCGCAAUGAACCCAAAUUACCUGUGAGAUGGAUGUCACCAGAAGCUAUUCGUGAUGGUUUAUUCACAACAAAAUCUGAUGUUUGCAGUAUGAAUUGCAAGUUUUGA